AUUUGUAAUAAACAAAUCCAAGCAACUGGUGCAACACCUCACACGACACAUUUCAAUCCCCAGUAACCAUCAGUCUGCGAGCACUUUUCACGUGCUUCUUUAGUGUACAGAGUAAUGCUUUUUAAGUGCGGUUUUUGUUUCCUUGUUUUCAUAAUCAGUCAAAUCAUUAAUCAGAAGAUUCCGGCAAAGAAUCACAGGCAAUGGCUGCCUCUCUAACCCUAAUUCCAUUUUUUCGUCUACAACACGCCGGAAAACGAACAAAUCCCUCUUGUCAGUGGUUUUCCGGCAACUUUUCCUGCGGCGUUCACAGCUUGAACUUAGAAAGAUACGACAGAUGGAACAAAAUGCCGGGCUUUACUGUGCCGAGACGUUCUGUAUCGGUUAGGUUAAGUUCCGGUCCUUUUCUUGAUCCAGAAGGUCUUGAUGGGGUUGUUCAAUCCUCUUCUCAUGCUUCUUCGGCCAUUCAUGGAUUGCUUGAUAGAGCGGAAGCCCUAAUAUACACUCUCGCUGAUGCAACUGUGACCGAGACUGCACAGAAGCAAGAAGGGGAUUGGCUAUCUGGUAUUACUAAUUAUUUGGAGAGUGUUCUCAAGAUUUUGAAGGAUGGGCUUUCGGCUUUGCAUGUUCCAUAUGCAUAUGGUUUCACAAUUAUUCUCCUGACUGUUCUUGUUAAAGCUGCCACAUUUCCGUUGACAAAGAAACAGGUUGAAUCUACAUUGGCCAUGCGGACUUUGCAACCUCAAGUAAAGGCUAUUCAGCAGCGCUACAAGGGUGACCAGGAGAGGAUACAACUGGAAACUGCACGAUUAUACAAACUCGCCGGUGUAAACCCACUGGCAGGUUGCCUGCCAACUCUUGUUACAAUACCUGUCUGGAUUGGCCUAUAUAGGGCUCUCUCAAAUGUGGCAAAUGAGGGCCUUCUGACAGAAGGAUUUUUCUGGAUUCCUUCUCUGGCUGGUCCAACAACAAUUGCAGCUCGACAAAAUGGCAGUGGGAUCUCAUGGCUUUUUCCUUUUGUGGAUGGUCAUCCACCUCUUGGGUGGUCAGACACUUUUGCUUAUCUUGUUUUACCAGUGCUUCUCAUUGUGUCACAAUAUGUCUCUGUUCAGAUCAUGCAGCGUGCACAGGUCAAUGAUCCAAACCAGAAGACUUCUCAAGCCAUAACUAAAUUCCUUCCCCUAGUGAUUGGUUACUUUGCUCUUUCAGUUCCUUCUGGUCUAAGUCUUUAUUGGCUUACAAAUAACAUCUUGAGCACAGCACAGCAGGUAUGGCUUCAAAAACUGGGAGGUGAUAAAAAUUCCGUGGUAAAGUAUUAUGAUGAAGCCAUCAGCCAAAAACAAGCGAAGACUCUGAGUAGUGAAACUAAAUUUGAUGCCAACCAAAUACAAGAAAAACCAAGAGAAGCACAAACAGAGUCAAGGGGACCACGUCCUGGUGAAAGGUUUAAGCAAAUCAAAGAACAGGAGGCCACAAGAAGAAAGCAACAAGAGGAGGAAGCAAGGAGGAAAUUGGAAGCUGCCAUGGAAACCAAGCAAAAUGGUCAGUCAACUAAGUUAGAAGAGGAAAGGGCAGAAGAGGAAAGGUUACACUCUUCACCUUCCUCAUCUAAUUCCUCAAAUGCAGAAGCUCAUCCAUCAAAACAAGUUCUUUCCUUAGAGGAUGCGAAUGAAGUUCAGGCCGUCAUAUCUAUGACUGGAUUACAUAGCGAUGGUCGUACUUUUGUUACCCAUGUAGAGAGAGAGGAAGAACCAAAUUCCAAUCACAAUAUGGACAAGGAGAAACAAAUGGAUUCUUAUAAUGGUAAUGGUGCAUCAUCUUCUGAGCAAGCUUCUCCAAAAGAAAGCGAACAGUCGACACAGAAAGAUUGAGCUUGGUUACAAUGGACACUCUAUCAAAAAUCCCACUUGUGCCUUGCGAGAGAUGGAGAUAUGUAUUUAUAAAAGAGGUGACAGUCAGGGAUCUGUACAGUAGUUCAUUUGUUUCACAGAGCAUAGAUCCCUUUACAGACGAAUAGCAAGCAAAAGAGAAUCAAACACAUUUCGGAUUUCAUGUAAGGUAGAGAGAUAUUUUAGUUUUCUAUUAAAGCAGUGUGUUCGUCAAACAUCCAUUCUGUGGCAGUAAGUUCACAACUUCUAGUCUGAGAACUCGUACUGUGAAUUUUGUGGAACUUUGUUACCACGAGAUAUUUUACUGUGAAAAUUUGGGGCCUGGAAAUAAAUAAUAUAUUGAAAUUCCAUGAAAGGUA